AUGUUUAUUGUAUGCCGAAUUCUGCAACGCAAGAAAGGAGAUCUACCCAGUCCAUCGUACCGAGCCAUUGGUGAUUACAAUCCAGCUAUAUCGUCUGUGUCAGUUUCAUCUAGCUCCAAUCAGGAAGUGCAGCUGGUGAAAGAAUCGAAGACGGUUCAGCCAAGGUCAUCAUCAAUGUCAACUGUGUCACGUACUAGCACCAAAAGUGACCAACUGACCGAUGAAACAAGCAGCAUCAGCGCUCGAAGCGAUACCAGCAUCGACAGUUCCGCAUUUGAUGCCUCUUUCGGUACAAUUCGACCCGAUUUAUAUCCAAGAAAGGACACUGUUUUGCAGCAAUCUUCUGAGGAAAGAAGUUGUGGAAAACUUCACAUCAGACUAAAAUACGAUUUCAGAACUUCAGACCUUGUAACCCACCUCAUUGAAGUACAAGACCUGAUGUGUCCAGAUUCGGUGUCCGGUUUCAGUGACCCUUACAUCAAACUGUUCCUUUAUCCAGAAGUGGAUGAACGGAUGCGACAAUCUUCGGUGCGUCGCCGAACGUUGAACCCAUUUUUUAAUGAAUUCUUCAAGUUUCCUCUACCGUAUGAUGAUCUCAACGACAAAUCCUUGAUAUUUCAAAUUUACAACUAUGACAAAUACUCCCGUCACAAUAUUCUCGGCGAAGUGCAAAUUCACCUUAACUCAGUUGAGACAUCAAGCAGCGUGGAAAUGUGGUGUGAUAUACAGAGGCAACAACGGCAUACGUGUUCCAUGGGAGAAUUACUGGUAUCUCUCAGCUACUUACCGGCAGCUGAAAGACUAACUGUUGUGAUCAUUAAAGCGAAAGAAUUAAGAAUCAUGGGACCAGCUGGCGCCUCAGAUCCCUUUGUGCGAAUUUCUCUAAUGGUCGAUGGAAAAAAGGUAAAGAGGAAGAAAUCAUCAAUAAAAAGAGGUACUACUUCCCCAGUAUGGAAUGAAGCAGUUACAUUCAAUGUACCGGCAGAGAUUCUACCUAAAGUCUCUCUUGAAUGUUGUGUCUGGGAUCAUGAUUUAAUUGGACAUGGAGAAUUGAUCGGUAAAUGCAUACUAGGACCUCAACAACAGGGAAAUGAACGAAAACAUUGGAAUGACUUAAUCGCCUGCCACAGAACCACCACAGCCAUGUGGCAUACAUUGCAUAAAUAA